GAUGGGCGUGGCUUCGCUGUUUUUCAGCGUCUUUAUGUGAAUUUAAAGGAUCGUGGUUCAGGCGAAGACUUCUGACUACUGCGCCCACAACCGCGAACAUGAUUUUAUUGGUAUUUAUUGUGGUUUUAUUGGUUGCUUAUUUUAUUAGUCAUAGGAUAUUUGUUCAUAGGAAGGCCUUCACCGGCGCUGCCAAACUAGAUGGGAAAACAGUCAUUGUAACGGGAGGUAACACUGGCAUUGGGAAGGCGACUGCUGCAGAGCUGGCCGUGAGAGGAGCCCGAGUGAUUCUGGCCUGCCGCAGCAAACAGAGAGGAGAGACGGCAGCACAAGAAAUCAGGACGGGAACCGGGAAUGAUGCUGUGGUCUUCAUGCAGCUGGAUCUUGCAAGUCAGAAAUCCAUCCGAUCUUUUGCUGAAACCUUCCUCAAGGCUGAGUCCAGACUGGAUCUGCUCAUCAAUAACGCUGCACUGGCCGCUCCAGGACGCACCGAAGAUGGCCUCGGGAUGAUCCUCGGCGUCAAUCACAUCGGUCCUUUCCUGUUGACCAAUCUUCUGCUGGAGCGUCUCAAGGAGUGUGCACCAAGCAGGGUGGUCAACGUGUCGUCUUGUGGUCAUGAUCUGGGCACUAUUGACUUUGACUGCAUCAACACACACAAGAAGCUCGCUCUGGGAUCAUCUGACGUCGAUUUAUUCAGGUCCUACACCCACAGCAAGCUCUGUAAUGUGCUCUUCACCCAUGAACUGGCCAAGAGACUGGAGGGAACCAACGUCACAUGCUACAGUCUCCAUCCAGGGUCGAUAAGAUCAGAACUCGGCCGGGACAUCAAUGAAUGGCACACACGCAUUAUUAAAGCCAUCGUAAGCAAGUUCUGGGCGACCGACCCGGUGUCCGGGGCUCAGACGACGCUGUACUGCGCACUACAAGAGAACAUCGAGCACCUGAGCGGACGAUACUUCUCUGACAGCCAGCUGGUGCAAGUCAAGCCCGAGGCCAGAGAUGAUGGAAUCGCCAAAAAACUGUGGGACGUUAGUGAGAAGUUAUGUGCCAUGACUUAAACACGCAUGCAUGCAUGCAUGUGCGCGCACACACACACACACACACACACACACACACACACACACACACACACACACACACACACACACACACACACACACACACACACACACACACACACACACACACACACAGCGAGAAAAAAAUAUUGCCAUUGAUAUAUUAAUGUGUCCUUCAGGUUCAGUUCAAAGCUCAUAAAAGUCAUAUUUACAAGCAGAAAACUAGAUGAAACAGCCAGUGAAACACCACUGAGAUCAUUUCUGGUCUAAAGCACCGUGUCUAUAUGAUCCUCUUAUCAGACAAGCUCAGGUGGGGCAUUAGAGGACAAAUGGUGUAAAUGACUAAGCAUCAUUUCAAACCAUGAAUAACAACAGAAGAAAAUAUUCUUAUGUAUAUGUAAUAGUAAAAAAAAAAAACCUGAUGUUAAAUGUAUUUUUAGAGGACUUUAACCAGCAGUGUUGAAGAUGAUACAAUAGCUCAGGUUUACGUAUAUAUAAACAAUUCAAUUAACAUAAAUUCGUAAAACUAAUAAACAUUGUGACAAAGUGUACAUUACAUUAAAAAAAGUUUAUUUGUUGCGCUGCA